AUGUGCACUAAAAAAUGCAUACCAUGCCAUCGUUGUGGCUCAUCGAUGAAAUUUUUCAUGCGUCGCGUAAAAUAUCUCAAUACUGUAAAGGAAUAUCCAGCAUAUCGUUGUAUGAAAAAAAAAUGUCAAACAUUCCGAUCACCUCGUACGUUAGCACGUGAAUGCAAUAUGCUAUUACGUCAAGGUUUUGGUGAUGGAAGAUUCAUGAGUGUAGCACCAACAACCAAUGCCACCAGACAACUUAAAGAAGCAUUUCCUGACCACUUCAAUAAGCAAGAAAUGGAUAAUUUGCCAGGAUUUUCAACCACUUUUAGAGAUGAUCUUGAUGGUAUAUUUAUAUUUGGCUUACUUACAAUAAUAAUUUAG